AUAUAUAAGAUGAACUAAACUUUUAACCUCAAAUUGUCAACUGAAAACCUUACGUAUAAAAUAUUUCUAAAAUGUUAGAGGCAGAGGAUUUUUACAUAAAGUAGUAUAAUUCUUUUACAUGUUGAAUACAGUUAUUAAUACUUUACAGAUAUAAAGUUUAUCAACAAUAUUUGUAAAAGUUGGUCAAAGCAGUGUAUGUGAUAAAAAUUCUUAAUAUGUAUUAUUUAUACUGUAAUGUUCUAAUGGCCCUACAUACAACGAAACAACAUUCUCAUAUGUUUAAAGAAGCGUCUAUUUUGCGGAAUUAGAAAAAUGGAUAGUUCUAUAAAAUUGGUUGUACAUAAAGGCGGCACAAUUUUCGAUAGCAUUAUUGUUACACCUUAUUCUGUAAUUAAAUAUGAGCAGAAAGUAAAAGAAACUAAAAGUACAUGUCAGACAAAUGUUGACAUAAACAAAGUCAAUGAAAGUAACGAGAUACAAGUAAACAGAGUUUGCCUAAACAAGAAAGGACUUAAUGCCUAUGUUGUGUCAGCAUAUAUUAUAACAUUAGCAAAUUCACAAACAUAUCGAAAAGCUGCACUUAAAAAAUUAUUACAAUAUUUAAUAUACGGAUUGUCAAACAGAGUGAAUUUAGAAAUGAUUUUAAUAAGAUUGAAAAUGCCAAGGAAACAAUUUUUAGAUUACAAAUGGAAUGAGAGAAUGACCCAAAUGACGAUGGAAAGAAGAGAAAUUGAUCAUGCUAUGUCUUGGUUGUCUACUUUGGGUGGAGCAUUUUCAGCUUUAGGAGAAGAAUUUCAACAAUGUGCACAGAUGGCUGGAAAAAUUUCCAUGAAGCAAUUUGAACUAGCACUUCGUCUCAGAGAUCCCUUUUUAAUUGCUCGUUGUAAACUAUAUACUGCCUUAAGCUUAAUUCAACAAGGCCAAUUAAAAGAACCAAAAAGAAUGAUAAGGUGUAUUUACAAAUUUUCUAUAAGUUGGAAUGAUAUUCGUUUGCAAAAUAUGUGUCAAGGUGUAUGGGCAAAACUUCAAUAUUGUUAUAAAAUACAAAAAGAACGGCAUAGAAUUGUUUAAUAUUAGUGAUAUAUAAAAUUUCUAACCAUAGUUUAAAAUUAGGCUAAUUAAAUUUGAUAUUUAUGUUUAGAAAUAAAUAAUGUGUGUAAAAUAUUGUUUCCAAAGAUGUAUUUUUUGUAAUUAUUAAAUAAAUGUUACUGAAAGAUAUUUGUUAAAUCAAAAGUAAUGACUAAACAUA